AGUCGAUAAUUUGUUUCCGUCGAGUACGGAACAAACGGAGUUUACUUCACCAUUUUCAUUAUUUAAAAAAUUAACAAUUUAAAGUGCUCAUAAAUAAUUUAAAAUUCAAUUCUAUGAUAAUUAGUGCUGUGAAAUUUAAAACAGUAUGAAAGUUCGAGCCAUUUUUAAUGUAUAAGAAAUGGAAUAAUAACUAAAAAAUUAAGGUUGAUCUGAUACUUUAUUAACAAGUGAACUCAGUUAUUACGGUGACGAAAACUACUUAUUGGUUGACUGAAAACCUUUUUGUUUCUCAUCAAUCGGUCACAUUAAAAUCGAUAACAAAAUGGAACUUUUUUUGAGAGCAUACACGCUUCUCAAUAAGCUUGUAAAUUUUCUGUUAACGCCGUUUUUAAUUUUAAUUUUUGACUUCAACAAAAGCAAGACUGAAAGCUUACCAAAUAUUGACAAUCCAAUAUUAGAAAUAUGCGCAGUAGAUUUAGCUGAGAAGAUCAGGAAUAAAGAAAUAUCAUCCGAAAAAGUUGUGUAUGAAUAUAUCAACCGAAUAAAGAAAAUUGAGCCUUUUAUUAAUGCUGUUAUUGAGGAUCGCUUUGAAGAUGCCAUUAAUGAUGCAAAGAGAGCUGAUAAAGUUAUUGCUGAAACGUCUCCAAUUUACGUCGUUAGAAACUUCCCAUUACUUGGUGUGCCAUUUACUGUCAAAGAAAGUAUAGGCUUAAAAGGUUGUUCAUAUGUGGGAGGAUCAAUUGCAAGAAUUGGAACAAAAGCCACGAGAGAUGCUGUCGUUGUACAAAAAUUAAAAUCAGCUGGAGCAAUUCCUUUGCUUGUUUCUAACACACCGGAAUAUUGUACAAGUUGGGAGUGUAAUAAUUUAGUCUUUGGUAGAACAUUAAAUCCAUACAAUUCAGGAAGAACAAGUGGAGGUUCGUCAGGUGGAGAAGGUGCUUUGAAUGGGGCAGGUGCAACAGUGUUUGGCAUCGGUUCUGAUGUUGCUGGUUCAAUAAGAGUUCCAUCAAUGUUUAAUGGCAUAUUUGGACACAAACCAACAGCAGGGUUGGUGAGCCUUGACUCUCAUUUCCCAAGCUCUUCGGAUAAAAAUUUUAACAAUUAUUUAACAAUCGGUCCUAUGUGUCGGUAUGCAAAAGAUUUGCCAACAUUGAUGUAUCUGAUGGCUGAAGAAGAAUUUCAACCAUUGCUAAGACUCGACCAACCCCUUCACACAAAAGACAUCAAAAUUUACUAUUUAACAUCAGCUGGUUUCUCAUUUUGCUUGUGGAAUGUUGAGCAUUCAAUUCAAGUUAAAUUGCUGGAAGCGGUUUCUCAUUUCAAAUCAAAUGGACUUCAUUGUGAACAAGGGGAUUUUUUUUGUGACUUAACCGAGACUUUAGAAAUCUCAAUUGCAACAUUCUUCGACAUGGAAGACAUUCCAGACUUGCUGUCGAAUACUAAAAUGAGUAAACCGAAAGACUUGCUAAGCGAGUUGGGAAAAUCAAUAAUUGGACGUUCGGAAUACUCGUUUUACGGUCUCUUCUUUAGAGCGCUUCAUGCAACUAAAAACAUUUUGAUACGCCCUUCCAAGAAGGAUUACUAUAUAAAUCGCGGUAUUGAGUUAAAGCAAAAAAUGCUCGAUAAGCUCGGUACAGACGGUGUUUUGUUUUAUCCAACAUUCCCUCAAGCUGCUAUGAGGCAUUGUGAAAGUCCUACAAAAAUGAGCGGUGUCAUGUACACGAUGUUCUUCAAUUUGAUGGGCUUUCCAUCCACCCAUGUACCAAUGGGAAAAGAUGCGAACGGUCUUCCAAUUGGAUUUCAGGUUAUUGCGGCGCCGUAUCAAGAUCGAAAUUGCUUUGCGAUCGCUAGAGAGUUGGAAGCAGCUUUUGGCGGAUGGAAACUUUGACGCCCUUUUAUUUUUGUAUUUCUCUUUUUUUAUCAAGCAGUUAAAAAAACUUUUGAGUUAAUUUUAUUCGCAACAAGACAACAAUUCAAUGUAGUAGAACAGUAAAUUUUAUAGCUUCUGUGGCUCCCCAAGUGAUAUAAAUAAAUCACCAGGAAGAACUAAUUUUUAAUUUAUAUUAAGCUUCUCGACAAUAAAGUUCAAAAGCUCUAAACAUAUUGUAUUGGUUGCGAAUAAAAAUUAAGACCCAAUUUUCUUUUUUUCAUUAAAUUCCAUUGCAUUUUUUAACAUUCUUUUCAG